UGCUCGGGGCCAGCAGCAGCAGCAGCAGCAGCACCAUCAUCAUCCUCAUCACCACCACCACCACCAGCAGCAGCGGUGAUCAUGGGCUCCGACCGCAGCGCGUCACCCGGGAUCCGGACGCUGUAAUCGAAGCGCUUUUUUUUUAUGUCCGAGUCACUCGUUUUUCCAUGGAUGUCGAUGGACUGGAGUGAAAGCGAGGGGGAGUCGAGCCACUGCUGCGUGUUUGGCUGUCCUCGUCGGAGCGAGGGGGGAUGUUGGAAGUGAGUGUCCGGUGAGAGAGCGCGCGCCCUCCGGAGCAGCAGCGGCAGGAGCGGCAUGAAGUUUAGCGCCGUGCUUCUUUUCGCGUCGGGAUUUUUCAUGUCACGCCAGCGGACAGUCGGAUUUCCCCGAUGAGAAUUCAUCACCCGCGGGGAGGCUCUGCGAUCGUGACUAUGCUGACGAUAUCGAGUAAGAGCGUGGAGUGGCUGCAGGAGGAGCUGGAGUCCGGGGCCGCCUCGCUGCUGCUCCUCGACUGCAGACCGCACGAGCUCUACGAGUCCUCGCACAUCGAGUCGGCCAUCAACCUGGCCAUCCCGGGCCUCAUGCUCCGCAGGUUGAAGAAGGGAAACUUGCCCAUCCGCUCCAUCAUCCCCAACAACGAGGACAAGGAGAAAUUCGUCAAGCGCUGCAAAACAGAUGUGGUGGUUCUGUACGACGAGGCGAGCUCGGAGCGCCAGGAGUCCGGGCUGGGGAGCUCGGUGCUCGGGCUGCUCCUGCACAAGCUGCGGGACGACGGCUGCAAGGCUUUCUUCCUGGAAGGAGGGUUCAACAAGUUCCAGUCGGAGUAUCCUGAGCACUGCGAGACCAACCUAGACUGUUCCUGUCCCAGCAGUUCCCCCCCAACCUCCGUCCUCGGGCUGGGAGGCCUCCGGAUCAGCUCGGACUGCUCGGACGGAGAGUCCGACCGGGAGCCGGGCAGCGCCACCGAGUCGGAAGGCAGCCCGUUGCCAAACAACCAGCCAGCGUUCCCCGUCCAGAUCCUGCCAUAUCUUUACCUGGGCUGUGCCAAAGACUCCACCAACCUAGACGUGCUCAGCAAGUACAAUAUCAAGUACAUCCUCAAUGUGACGCCCAACCUGCCCAACAUGUUUGAGCAUGAAGGGGACUUCAAGUACAAACAGAUCCCCAUCUCUGAUCACUGGAGCCAGAACCUUUCUCAGUUUUUCCCGGAGGCCAUUUCAUUCAUCGAUGAAGCCCGCUCCAAAAAGUGCGGCAUCCUGGUGCACUGCCUGGCCGGCAUCAGUCGCUCUGUCACCGUCACCGUGGCCUACCUGAUGCAGAAGCUCAACCUGUCGCUGAAUGACGCCUACGACUUUGUGAAGCGGAAAAAGUCCAACAUCUCCCCGAACUUCAACUUCAUGGGUCAGCUUCUGGACUUCGAAAGGACGCUGGGCCUCAACAGCCCCUGUGAUAACCACUCGUCCUCGCCGGCACACGAGCAGCUCUUCUUCACCACACCGACCAAUCACAAUGUGUUUCAGCUGGACACGCUCGAGUCCACAUGAAAGUUAACGGGCAGGGGACUGUCCCAUUUACGGGUCAACGUGGUGAUGUUGCCAUGGUAACAAGCGGCUGCAUUGGAGCGAAGCAGCCUGAUUUAAUGAAUGUUUUCGCCUCCGGAGGCUGGUUGUCCGAGAGCCUGGCUAGUGAGGAGGCCAACGGCUCACGGCGGAGUCUUCAAUCCACAGGGAGGACUGACUGGUGGGGUUGCCAUCCUCCUCCGCGGUGAUCAGCAGGCGAAGGUCUCGACUCAAGAGCCACGGAUUCUUAAAUGACUGGGCGAGAGCCGCAGCAGGACUUGACCACUUCACACACAGAAAUCAACUGCACUCAAAAGACGUCAUCUGUUUGUCCGCCUCGGCCCUUCAGCCGGGCUCGACCGGUGCCAAGUGGAGAGUCUGGGAUUUCGGAAGCCUCACUCUACCGAAUGUAGAGAUUUUAAAACCAAGGAAUUAACACACACACACACAUUGACAAAGUAUGUAUGUUUGUACUGUUUGUGCCGUACGUAUGUUCAUAGCGGAAAAAGUAUGAGCAGUCCUUAACAAUGUCUUUAUGCAUUUUUGUAUAUUUUGUGUACAUUAACGCACAAAUCUAUAGCUUAUAUAUGGAUAUACAGUAUAUACACAUAGAAAUCUUAUAUUUGUCCAAAAAUAAUCCAAUCCAGUAUAGGCGGAAGAGAUUGUAAUUUUUCGAGAGGAAAGAGUGUUAUAGUGAUAUUCCAAGUUGUUUUCCUCUGAGUUUUCCUGAGGUCUGUGAUGACCUCAUGCAGUUUGCACAGUGGUGAAGCCAUUGACUUAGCGGUACUUGGAGUGGGAUCUGGAUAAAGAGACAUUCAGAAAAAGGGAGGCCAGUCCCAGGCUGUGACCAGUGCUGACAGCUGCGCGGCGUCCCCGGGGAGGGAGUGGGAUCCGGAGGUGGGAGGGGAGGGGAGGGGAGCGGGGGGGGUCGGGGUCAUAGCAGGUAGCGGAGGUGGGCGUCAUUCACAUGGAUUAAAUCUCAGUCAAGCACCUGCCGUUGAAACAGCACAUCGACUCAAACAUGAGCUGCUUUGAGGAAUGUUCUCUUGGAGAGCAGCGGUGAAACACUUCCAACUAAUGCACUUGAGAAGGCAGGGGGUCAAAGGGUCUGAAAACUGGCCAUUGUUAUUUACUUCGCAAGACACAGUGUCGCAGUGAAUGAAGUCCAACUCAGUGUUUUCAGUUCCUCUUUCCCUCUUCCUCCUCCUCUUGCAAAACAAGAUUGACCGGUUUCAGUUAAUUCCCCCAGUCACUUUGUCUAUUGGAGAUCGCCAAAACUGGUUUAGAAUGAUUCCUUUGUGCUUCUGAGUGCAGAUUACGGAACUGCGUUUCCACAUCUUCGGAUCUUACAUACAUUUAAGAAUGUACCUGACAGUGUAUCUGACAGUGACUUCUCGAAAUGUGAAAUAGCUGCAGCCGUUUGAUCUGAUCAGCAAAGCCAUGCGAAGCAUUCAGCGCGGGUUCAAUUCCUGGACUGGCCUCCACUACAAGCAGCACUUAAAGCGCUUCAUUACCUACAUUCGAUGUAAUCUGACCGAAAAAGGAGAAAGUCUUUUGACCCUUUUCAUCAAAGGAAACGUAAUUCACCCUGAAGCCUUGACUCUACGACAGAAGUGUGAGACGAGCGUAGAUUUUAGGUAGUGUGAUACUUUGCGUACCUGAGCAUGCCGGGGUCUUGGCUCCACAGCAGUAAACUAACGCUGGGUUGGGCGUUGCUUUCGAAACUGGAAAAAUGAACGAUGAGAACCGCUUUAUUUCACUGCUGACGCUGCCGCUGCAGCAGCGCGGCGCAGCAUGUUGUCGGAAAGUUUCCAAACCCUGUUCACUGCAGUAGCACUAACAAAACAAAAUCAGAGGGUUUCACAAACAUCCUUGUGACGCUGAACCUCAUGUGGGAACUCUUCACUUUUCAUUUGCGAGAGUGAAGAUGGAUCUGAUAGGUAAAUGUACGAUGGGAUUCAGGAUAUAAACCAGCUUUGGCGUGUUUUUAGCGUCAUGAGUCAUCAGUUACAAAACCUAUUAGCUGAGUUGUUUCUUUCCUGCUAAAUUCUUUCACCUAUUUUUUUGGCCUAAAUAAUGAAACUAACUUUUGUUAUAGUAAUAAUGCGUUUAAAAUAUGUUUCUUUUUAAUUUCAAAACAGUUGGAAGGAUAAAAUAUUUUUAAUUUCCGAAAAUGUUUCAAAAUACAAAAACGCAUAUGGGGAGACUUUUGUUUUGUUUUGUUUUGCCACAAAAAGACAACUAUACACAGGUUGCUUAAUUUUUAAUGCGUUCCAAAAUGAUCCCACUGAAAAGAUCAUUUUUGAGACUCUAAUUUAGUUGAAAUUCAACACACGUUAUUCAUUAUUCACCUUCUGACCCUUAUAAUGCAAAGAGUUGUAAAGAUGGAAACGUCUCUAUUAUUUUGUAAUACAGAGUUAAUAUUAUUAAAAUAAUUCAGCAACACAAAUGAAUGUAAUCAGAGUUUUUUUGUGGCCCCCAUCUUUCUCAGGCAGUUCUCACAUGAGGUCUGGUUUUAAUGUAAAUGGGUAUUUGGUCCUUGUGAACAGGGUCUGAACCAAAAUGGGUUUCAGUAGUGGGUUAUUUGUUGACACCAAACAGGGUCGUUGUUAUUUUUUAGCUGGCCUUAUAUUACCUUUCUAACUUGUUUCUAAUCGCUGACUGUUGAAUACUCUUUGUAUCUCACUUUAGGAAGAAAAGAAAAAAAUCCAAGUGUUUUUUUCUUAUUUGACAGCGUGCUGUCGUCACGGGUCACACGAGGUCCUCUUUGUUACGUUCACUGCAAUAUCACACACCGAUUUUUGCCGUCUUUUGUAUAUCGAGACCUCAACAUUUUUGAAUUUAUUCUUUUGUACUAUAAGCUGUUCGACAUAGAUCCAGCUCCGCGUGUGGUGUGGACUGACGUUGCGUCUCACUUAAGCACCGACACACGCGCAUGUACACAGUUUUUGUCACACGAAAGAACAUUGACAUCGUUUUUCUUUUCCUGUACAAUAACCACUAGAAACCAUUCCUCAAACAAACCAAAUCUUUUCCUGGGCAAAGCCGUAAUUGAGAGGAUGAAAAGUUGUGUCAUAAAAUCACCAGAAUAUUGAUGCACAGACACACAAACCUGCCUGUGUUUCAGCAUGCAAGAGGCAUCUACACCACUUAAAUUACUACAAGUAUAAAUGUCUUGUGCUCUAUGCUAUUCCUGUGGCCUUCAAUGUUAAUAUAUAUAUCUAAGUAUAUAUAUGUCAUGAAUCUAUAUGCAAAAGUUCCUCUCCUCUUAUAGCAUCAGAGAUGAAAGCUGAACCACCCAGCUUGAAUGAACCCCACGAUUCAGUAAUAUUCCGAUCACUCAUCAUCUGUUGAAAUGGAUUUCAAAAUGGAGCUUUUCUAUUUACAACUGGUUCAUUUACAACUGCUUUUUGUGUCUUUGUAACAUUCAAAGAGAAAUCUUUUUUUUUUCUCUGUAAAUUUGCCAGAUGGCAGGAACGACCGUUUCUGCGUCCUUAAACUUGUAGCUACAUCUCGGUAAGAAUGUGCCAGCGAAGGGCAGCGCAAACCUGGGUGAGUGGUGCGAGACAUGGCAGUGUCAAAAUACGAAACCAUGUGGAAUGAAGCGGAAUGUGGAAUGAUUUAAAAAAAAAUGUUACCUCAGUGAGGACUUUUUCAGGGAUUUUUUUGACAAUGCAUCUCGCAUCAUGUUACAGCUUCAGACUCUUGUUGAUAGCUGUUUUGUAUUGUGCUGUAAACAGUUUUUAAACAGAUGCAAUCUGUGUAUAAACGGGGGCAUGUUAACCGGGGCAGUUUUAACUUUCUGUCUUCUGAAGGAAAUAUGAUUGACCCUAUAUAUUGUACAGUAUAUUGAAACAACACAAGACAUGUUUAUACCGCAAAUAAAUAUUGAAAUAUUUUUUUCUUUACAAA